AUGGACCUAAAAAAACGAUAUUAUUCAAUUAUUUCUGCUUACCCACUCCGAGAGCUAGCCACAGAGACGUGUUGUGUUUACAUUAUGGCUAGGGCAGUGGACAUCAGUUGUCCUCCACACUUUGAUACAAAUGGCGACGUUACUAGUCUAGGCACCCGCUGGAAGAGGUGGAGAAAUGGGUUUGACCUGUAUUUAGUAGCUGCAGGUAUUACCGAUAACACCCAGAAGAAAGCUCUUCUGUUACACUGUGCGGGUGAAGAUUUACGUGAACUUUUUGACACGUUACCUGAGCCAGAGGCCGCAGACGGCCAAAAUGAUUAUGUUAAAGCAUGUACUGCAUUAGAUACAUACGUCACUGCUGAAACCUCCUCCUCGGAUGAUGAUUUUGUGUUAGCCAUCGACAAUGACCCUAACUGUCCCAACCAUAAAAAUUCCAUGUACCCAGCAGAUGUAAAUGGACAACGUGUCAAUGUGCUCAUAGACAGUGGAAGUACCAUCAAUGUAAUCAGCAAAAGCACCCUUAGUGCACUAAAAUUAAAGUCACCUAUCCUUCCAUACCACAAGAAAGUUUUUGCUUUUGGUGCGUCGUCACCGCUCAAAGUUAAUGGCUGCAUAUGGGUUGUCGUUGGUGCUGGAGAGAAAGUCGUGUCUACCAGAUUUGUUGUUGUACCACAAUCUUCUGUCACCAUAUUGGGUGUGGAAACCGCUUGCAAAUUGGACCUACUCCGAGUUGGCCCAGGUGGAACCAAGAACGACAAGGUGAACCACAUCUCUACCUCCGAGGACGGUGUAUUAAAACAACUGCUUUGCAAUUAUGGUGACAGGUUUGAGGGCCUUGGAAAACUGAAAGAUGUCAACCUCAAAAUCCAAAUAGAUCCCACGGUAACUCCAGUCGCACAGAAAGCCAGACGUCUACCGAUCCUAAUGCAGCAACAACUGGACAUGGAAUUAGAAAAACUCUCAGAACUCGGUGUCAUCGAGCCCAUAGAAUCACCACCAUCAUGGGUUAAUCCCCUUGUGAUCGUACCUAAGAAAACACCUUCUGAUGGCACACGUAUGUGUGUUGACAUGCGUGUUGCAAACACCGCAGUCAUAAGAGAACCGUAUCAGAUACCAACUCUGGAAGAAGUGCUGCAUGAGUUCAACGGGUGCACAGUGUUCACAAAGCUGGACCUGAACAAGGGAUACCACCAAAUUGCUCUAGACGAGGCUAACAGAGACCUUACGGUCUUUGCAACACACCAUGGUAUAUUCAGAUUCACAAGGCUGAUAUAUGGAAUCGCCCCUGCCGCUGAACAAUAUCAACGAGAAUUGGAACUUGCACUAUCAGGACUAUCUAAAGUACGUAACAUCUCAGAUGAUAUCAUUAUUGGUGGCACUAGUAAUCAAGAUCUACUGGAUCGCAUGCAAUGCGUAUUUGAGCGUCUCCCAGAGAAAAAUCUCACAGUAAACCUAAAGAAAUGCGAGUUUCUGAAGACUGAGCUUAUCCACAUGGGUCACAAGUUGUCAAAAGAUGGAAUUGCACCGGAUGAGAGGAAAGUACGAGCUAUAGCUGACCUCAAACCACCAACUAAUGUGAAAGAAUUGCAAUCCUUUUUUGGCAUGGUGACAUACUGCUCCAAAUUCUUACCACACUUCUCAACUGUGACUGCACCAUUGCGUCAACUACUCAGCAAAGACACUAAAUGGAGCUGGGGAGAUGCGCAACGACAAGCGUUCAAUGAUCUUAAGAUCAUGCUGUUGUCCAGUGCGACACUUGCUUACUAUCAACCUGACGCAUACACCGAAAUCUUUACUGAUGCAUCCCCUGUUGGGCUUGGCGCAGUUAUAAUGCAACAAACAAGAUAUAGCCAGAUUGAAAAGGAGUGCUUGGCUAUCCUAUUUGCAAUAGAGCGGUUUCGAAUCUAUCUUUAUGGUAUAGAAUUUGUUGUUAAAACCGACCACAAGCCGCUAGUGACAAUGUUCUCCCCUCGUAGGAAACAGCUUCCACCACGCAUUGAACGCUGGGUUAUGAGACUCAUGCCAUACGCAUUCAAGGUUGAGUAUCACCCAGGCAGAACCAAUGGAGCAGAUUACCUGUCACGGUCAAACCCGAUGCAAGACAAUACACCAUUGCACCGAAUGACUGAAGAAUUUGUCAACUUUAUUCAAAGUAAACAACUACCAGUUGCCAUACCAAAGAAAGACAUUCGUGAUGCACAGAAUGAUGAUCCUGCCAUUGCCCUCAUUAAGAAACACCUUGCAUCUGGAACCAUUCCAAAAUUGGAUGUUAUUAAAGAGUAUUAUCCCUCACGUUUGCAACUAUCCAUUGUCAAUGACAUUCUCAUGUUUGCCAACAAAAUUGUCAUCCCGCCAACCCUGCGAGAAAGCAUCAUCUCCAUUGCACAUGAAGGACAUCAGGGACAAGUACGCACAAAACAACGUUUGCGGAAAAAAGUAUGGUGGCCACGCAUGGGCUCCUCGGUUGAAGCCCACAUUAAGUCAUGUCAUGGAUGUCAAGUCACCGCUGGUGCACAAAUCAAAACUCCAGUAGUAAUGACAGAAAUACCUGAUUCAGCUUGGUUGAUGUUGGGUUGUGACCUUUGCGGUCCGUUCCCUACUGGUGAACACCUGCUAGUAUGCAUUGAUUAUUACAGCAGAUAUCCCGAGGUAGAGAUUAUCCGCCAAAUAACUGCUGCUAAUAUCGUUGACAAACUUCGUAAAAUGUUUUGUCGUUAUGGUGCGCCAGAGAUAAUAGUGACCAACAAUGGACCACAAUUCCGGAGCAAUACAGAUUUCGCUACUUUGAUGAAAGAAUUUGGGGUGGAGCACCGCAAAGUUACCCCAUACCAUCCCGAGGCAAAUGGUGAGGUUGAAAGGUUCAACAGAAAUCUGAAGAAAACCAUCCAAGCUGCAAUUGCUGAAAAUCAGAACUGGCGAACUGCCCUCCAGAAUUACCUAUUAGCAUACCGUACCACACCGCACGCAACCACUGGUGCCACUCCUGCAGAGCUUCUGCUUAACAGACCGGUUAAAGACAAGCUACCAGCCUCAACCACAAGUUCCAAAAACACCAUGUCUGUCGUUAAAAACCGAGACCGCAUCCAAAAAGAGAGAAUCGCGAAAUAUGCAGACAAACGCAACAAUGCUCGCAGUCAUGUCAUUCAACCUGGGCAAAAGGUUCUUGUGGCCAAUCAGUCAACACAUCGCAACAAAUUUACCCCUAGAUGGCGCGAUGAACCUUGUACUGUUACUGCUGUAAAAGGAAAUGCAAUUUUCAUUGAAGACGGUACAAAAACUAUGAUGCGCACUUCCUCUCACGUCAAACCCUACUUCAUGCGAAAUAACCAGCGGUCAAAUAAACGACAUCUUCAACAACCGACAGUGACAACCGAUUCUGCAACAGAAAGCUCUGAUGACGAUUUUGACCUGCCACCAACUGUAAACGACCCUGGGAACGAAACCGACUUGACGUCAUCUGAUGAUACCGUUGUCACAGAAAGCCCAUCCAGUGACGAGACCAUUGCGUAUGGCGAGGAAGAGGUGAAUGAUGAAGAACUCUUCGUUCCAAAUAGAAACACACGUACUCGAAACGUUAAACCACCACCUCGUUUCAAAGAUUUCGUUACUGCGUAA